CACAGGCGAGCAGCAGCUUUGGGAGAGUGUCAGGGACGCGCCGGAUGAGUGAGAUACGCCGACAGGCAACAGGAGCCCAGUACAAUAUCACAAGCAAAUAAUAAGUUGAUCAGGUUUGCCAUCCCACAUCCCAGACAGGAUGUCGGAUGUGGAGCUUGUGAAGAAGAUGCUGAGGGCCGUCCUGCAGUCCAACAAGAAUGGCGUGUCUCUGGCCCAGCUGCAGGCAGACUUCAAGGACCUAACUGGAGACUUCAUCCCCUACAAACAAAUGGGCUAUACUUCCCUGGAUGCCUUCCUGCACAGCCUGUCCUCUGUGGUCAAGAUGGAGCGCACUGCAAGGGGAGAGGUGAUCUGUUUUGCCACAGUCUGCAAGGAGACGGCACACAUUGCCCAGCUCGUGGCCCGGCAGCGCUCUUCCAAGAAGACUGGCCGUCCCCAGCUGGUCAACUGCCAAAUGAGGUUUAAGCCAGCCACUCCUUCCAUGCUGAACGCCAAACCCAGGACAUCCCUGAGACAGCCAGACCACAUAGGCCGGUCCAGCCGAGGCGGGGCACAUAUUCCCACAGGGGGGCGCUCUGCGGGAGCAUGGGACCACCGGCAGGCCGGCGGGAGGGACAGCCAGCCUAACGGGAGGAUACCUGCACCUCCUCAGAACCGAGCCCCUGGGACACAGACCAGGAAACCCCCUGCGCCCAGCGACAGGCCAGAGAAGAGGAUGACUCUGCCCUCCAGGUUUCAGAGGGAAGUGCAGGCUCACCUGUCCAGGAACCCACAGCAGACGGCCGGUCCUGCAAACCUGAAUGAGAACACCCCGCCCUCCAAGGCCAGAGGCCCACAGCCCAGUGGCGGAUACCAUCCACAGGCAGUCCAGAGCCGCAUCAGAGAGGUUCUCAGCAAGCACAGCAAUGGAUUGUGGGUAUCCAAGCUGCCCCAACUGUACCGGGAGCUGUACAAAGAGGAACUUCCCACAGAAGCUCUGAGAGACCUGGAGCACUGGUCCCACAUCUGCACUGUGGAGAAGCCGUGCAGCAGUAACCCCUCCGAGCUCCUGCUGUACCCCUCUAAAGACCCAUCCCGCCCUUCCUCCGCCGCCAGCCAAAAGUCCCGCACCCCAACCCCGCCCCUGCCGGCCUGCUCCUCCUCUUCCUCCUCCUCCCCUUCCUCCUCCUCCCCCUCCUCUCCCUGCCCUUCCCCCAGCCCUCUGCCCCCCCAGCCUCUGUCCGCCGACACCAAGGCCAAACUGGAGGAGCUCCUGCAGAAGCACAGUAACGGCGUGUGGGCCCACGCCCUGCCCAAACUCUUCCUGGACACCUACAAGGCCAAGCUCCCCGAAAACGCCCUCCGGGACCUGACCUUGUUGGGCGACAUCUGCACCAUCGACUACACCAUGCCCAACAAUCCCAAAAAGGCCAUCCUGUACGCACGGGCCAUGGAGGACCACAACCACAACCGGGCGGAUCCGGGGAUGGGGCGUCGGCCCAGCGCCCAAUCCGUGCCUCCCCUGCUAAUCCCCAAGGAGGAGUACCCAUCCGUGCUGGUGGUGGAGGCAUCGAGUACCAGUAGCGUCAUACUCAGGUACAUAGGAGAGGGUUACUCUCAGGCCCAGGAGGCUCUGGAAGACAAAAUGCGGGAGUUUUAUGGCCAGAACAGAGCAUCCAAAGCCCUGCCCUCUCCAGCCACUGGCCAGCUGGCUGCUGUGAAGACCGAGGAAGAGGAGGAAUUUCUCCGGGCCCAAGUGUGCGAGGUCACAGCCGAUAAGGCCAAGGUUUACUAUGUGGACCACGGCUUUUCUGAGCUGAUCAGCAAUGGGAAGCUUCUGGUCCUGCAUGAGUCGUUCUACAAUCUGCCCUUCCAGGCCACAAAGUGCAGACUAGCUGGCCUGGAGCCCUUCUCCCAGGAGCCAGCGGUGCUGAAGAAGUUUGAGUCCCUGGCCUGCGGGAAGAUCCUAUUGGCUGAGAUCCUAGAGCGAGACCAGGCUCCCCUGAUGGUGCUGUACGACACGUCGCAGGAUGAUGACGUCAACAUCAACGCCGCCUGUAUGAAGGCCCUGCAGGACCCGUCUCUGGAGACUCCCUUGCAGGUUAACAGUGCCUACGCCAGAGUCUGUGUGACUAACGUCUGCUCAGACGGGACCAUCUACUGUCAGCUGCCGUCGCGAGGCCAGGCCAAGCUUAACGAGAUGCUGGAGAAGAUCGACGCCUACUUCCACUCGCAGGUUACCUCAGAGUUCCUGGUCUCCAAGCCCUUCUGUGGGAAGUGCUGUCUGGCCCGGUGCAAAGGCAAAUGGGCUCGAGUGGAAAUCACUAACCUGCACGGUAGCCGGGUGCUUGAUAUCCAGUUUCUGGACCUGGGUGUCCCUGCCUCUGUGGAGGUCAUCGAGCUGAGGGAGGUCCCGCCCCCUUUCCUGCGUGACCUCAUCUCCAUACCACCCCAGGCGGUGAAGUGCUGUCUGGCAGAUGUUCCCGUGGACGUGGGCUCCUGGACGGCAGACGCAGUGCAGCGGCUGAGAGACGCCGUGCUCAGCUCCACCGAGUGCAGCAUGAAGGUAGCUAAGCUGGAGGAGGCUAAAAAGCUGGCCCAUGUGUACCUGUUCUCAUCCAAGAACUUCCACGACGUGGACCACAGCGUCAACCACCAGCUGGCCGACUCGGACCUGUGGAAGCACCAGAAAGACGUCUUCCUUAGUAACCGGAGUCCUGCCAAGACCAAGGUUGACCCCAACUCCAACACCACCUCCAACCCCAAACCCGCCUCCAAGUCCAACAUCAACUCCAACACCACCAAACCCGCCCCCAACUCCAACACCAACCCAAACUCCAAUACAGUCUCCAACCCCAACCCCAACACCAACUCCAAUUCCAGAAACUGCAUCAGGAGACCGUCUCUCAAAAAGCCCCUUUCCCCUCCCCCACAAAUGGGGGAAACCCCACCCCAGAGCCCCACCACCUCCCUCCAGCUGCCCCCUCCUCCGGUGCUGCCCCCUCCUGGUCAGAACAUGGACGUGUUCGUGUCUGUGGCCUGCCACCCUGGGCACUUUGUCCUGCAGCCCUGGCAGGACCUUUACAAGCUGGCGGUGCUCAUGGGGGAGAUGAUCCUCUACUACAACAAGAUGGAGGAGAAGCCCGCCCGGGUGGAGAAGAACCAGAUCUACGCCGCCAAGGUGGAGAACGACUGGCACCGGGUGUUGGUUAAGGGUGUGCUGAAUAACGGGUUAGUGUCUGUGUACGAGUUGGACUAUGGGAAGCACGAGCUGGUCAGCGUCACCCAGCUGCGGCCCCUCAUCCAAGAUUUCCGGCAAUUUCCAUUCCAGGGCAUCACUGCACAGCUUGCCGGGGUGAAGCCCAGGCAGUGGUCGGAGGAGGCUUCCAUCGUUUUCCGGAACCACGUGGAGAAGAAGCCGCUGGUUGCGCAGGUGGAGUCAGUGCAGGAGGGUCCACACACCUGGGACAGGAAGGUGGUAGUGUACCUGGUGGACACUUCGCAGGAAGAGAAGGACAUCUGGGUGCACGAUAUCAUGUCCGAGUUCACCGAGGAGUUAACCAAAGCUGCAUAGCAGAACCGCUUACUUCCCAAACAAAGAUAAAAACAGUGGCUUGCGUGUGUCGUGGUGGCCCCGCCCCCUAGUGUUGACGCAGUAACACAAUAAUAAUCUGCACAAUCUAAACUUCGAACGACUUUUGCACAGGAGGGUUCAGGCGUUUAAUGAUGAAUACAGAACUUCACAAUGUCAUAAUAGGCACACGGUGCCCUCAAAAAAAGGUCUCAACUAAAGCAGCUGUCUGGAAAAACGGCAGCGGCAAUAAACGUAGUUUACAGAUGUUCUUGCUUGUUUAAAUAAGAUUUACACGUAUAUCUAUAAAACUAGCUAAACAUCCUUUCUUUGCUUAAUACAAUGAAGCCAUUCGCCUUUCUAAAUUAUUAUUGGUUGAUUUUCAUUUAUUUGUGUUAGUGUCCUACUACUUGACUUUCUGCAGAAUCACCACCACCUGGAUAUAUUUGGAAUUCCUCUAGAGAAAUAAAUGGUUUGUUUAAUGAUGGCGUUUUUACCUCAAAUUAGUUUCUUAGCAGCGUUGAGACAGAAUAACUGAGUUGUAUUUGAAGGAUUUACUCUCGAUCUGGAUGUACAUUUGACAGAAUCACAUAAUGUUAUUUAAAUGUAUGGUUUACUUUAGGGCUACUGCAUACACUAUAAAUAAUGUUAUUGAAAUAAAGUUGGAAACAAAUGUGCGUUUUAUUGAUAUGCUGCUGGCUUGUGUUUCAUUCAUUUAUUGAAAUGGCAUAUAACCUCCUGCAAUAUUUUGGAAUAAAAUAGAUUA